UCAAAAGGAAAAGGGCGGGGAUCUCUUUUCGGAACCGCGCUUUUGCCGAGCUGAGUCCAGCGCCCAAAUCACUGCCCCGGAAGAAAAGUUUGAGAAACCAAAUCACACACUUUUUUGGGGACGUUCUGGAAGGUUUGCUGGCGGUCUCCCCGGUGUCGUCUUCUGUUUCCAAUCCUCGGCUCAUAGAAAGCGCCCUGUAAAGCAGCAAUAAGAAUGGAACCGUUGAAAGAUGAUUCCAUUGCUGGAACCAGUGAUGAAAAUUUAAAGAUCAAAGAAGAGGUAAUUAACAAUGAAUAUGAUUUUCCUGAAAAAGUUCCAACAAGUUGGAAGGAUGCAAAUAAAGAAGAACGAACAUUCACGGUGACAUUCGUUGAAAGUGGGAAGAAGCAUCUAGUGAGAGGCAGACUUAGCGACAGUCUGCUCAGUGCCCUCAAGUCUAGUAAACAUAUUUGUGAGUGGAUGGAGAGAAACAAGACAAGAGAGUUCCACUUAAUAGAGAAGAAAGAGCGUUUGAAUGUCUGUGUCAAUUUGGGGAUGCCUUUAAAGUAUGUAUCUGAUGGCUCACAAUUUGAAAUGAAGUCCUACAAGCUAACUAAAAAUGAGAACACUAAUGAACUAUGGUAUCGGCAAUAUGACGAUAGGAAAGAAGAAUGUGUAGUGUUCCGUGUGUGUGGAACAGGUUCUAGAAUGGAAACCCAUGGAGCGCAGAGCCGUAGGUUAAUCAAAAAACAGAGCCUACUUAAAGAAUAUUGCUCAUUUUGUAUCUUCGCCCCUAAAGGAGAAUCCAUAAAAGAUGCCCUGUGCAACGAUGGCCGCUUUCUGCCAGUGCUAAAAGAAAUGAAUUGGACACUGGUAAAAGAUGGAAAAAUCAUAGAUAACCAUUUUUUAGUUAACAACUUAGCAGAUGAAGUUUAUGAAAUUGAGGUGGAGUCUAAGAAAGGUGCCAGAUAUAGUGGUGAUCAAAACAAAUGGAAUGAUUUAGAUGUGGGGAGGGGGCAGCAGCUGAGUACCCUUGAAAAGCCACAGCCACGACCGGACUUUGAGGAAGGACAGCUCAAUGCUUCCCAAAAACAACAGCUAGAGCCGGAUUGUGAGCAGGGAAAGCUCAGUACUUCUAAAAAACAACAGCUGCAGGACUCUGAAUGCCAGAUCCUGUACUUGUAUCCUAAGCUGAAGGAAGCAAGACAAAACAUUGACACAUUUUUGAGAGGUUACAAAAAGGAUGUCCUUGAAGUUUAUAAAAGAAACUUUGGCAAGGAGAUAAAUGACUCUCUUUCAUUCAAGUUGGUGAGGACUCUUGCUAAGUAUGGUGAUUCAGUUGGAUAUAUAGAAUGGAGGGAUGUUAUAGGAUGUGUUCAAGGAUCUGCAACUUGCUUCGUUCUCCAUGGUAGAUAUAUAUUAACGUGUCACCAUGUAAUAAAGUUGAUAGUUGGAGAAGGAACUGAAGCAAAGGACUGGGGAAAUAGAAUUAAGCAAUCAGCCCGUGUAACUUUCUCUUAUGAAGAACAGCCUCCUACAGAAAAGUGGUUCUCCUUGGAGAACUGGUUUGAAAUAGCAGAUGAGGAUCUUGAUUUUGCUGUCCUGAAAUUGGAAGAAAAUGAAAGUAAAAGUCAUCCUCCACCAGGACUGUUGCAAUUACAUUUCCCACCACCACCAAAUGGUCCCAUUUUUAUCAUAGGUCACCCAAAUGGAAGAAUCAAGUCCAUGGAUGUUUGUCUUGUUGUCAGUAUAUUUGAGCGUGGCAAUGAAUUUAGCAAUCAUUUGCACACACGCCAGAACACUAAAUGUAGCCCGUUAGUAUGUGGUUACAGUCAAGAGACAAAAUGCAUCCAUAUGUAUAAUCCGAAAAGUUUUGAGGGAGACAGAAGUAAUCCUAAUGUUGUCACCUACAAUACCUGUUUUUUUGAGGGGUCAUCGGGUUCACCGGUGUUUAACAAACAUGGGCAGCUUAUUGCUUUGCACGCUGCUGGAUUUACUUAUAAAAUGAGAAACAAAGACUGCAGCAUAAUUGAAUGUGGCUAUUCAAUUCACUCAAUUAUUUUAAAAAUUAAAUCCAAAUUUAAAUCUUGGUAUGAUGCUAUAAUUGGUCCUGAUGCAAGGGAAGAUAGCUCACAUGUGGGUGCACUUCUGAGUGAGGCAGAGGAGAAAAUGGAUUGUAGUUAAUACUAUAUCAGGAAUCUACAACCUUGCCCACUUGAAGCCUGGAGCUUUGCUGGCUGGGGCAUUUUGGGAACUGAGUCCUCCAAGCUUCAAGUUGCCAAGGUUGGAGACUCCUGUACUAUAUUGUUAAAGUUCAGUCCACUUCUUCAAAAACUGAAAUUGCUCAAGGGAAAGUUAUCUGCCAAGGUUCUGCUUUCUUUGGAUUUAUAACCGUUUGUGAAAGAUACAUUUAUUUUCAAAUAUACAGGCUGAACAUUGCUGCCACUCUACAUUAAAUUUUUCAACCGAUACCUCAAAGAUUAGUGUCCAUUGCAUUUUUAGAGUUCCCAGUAGCAAUAAAUUCUUUUGUAGUUGUGUGUUUGUAUUUCCUCCUUUAUGCAAAUACUGUCUUAUAUUAUUUGGGAGAGAAAAAGAGUGGAAUUAAAGUGAGAUUGCAGUUAGUGACUUACAACAUUUUCUGGUAUCAUUCAGUCAUUAAUGUGGUGAUGUAAGAGCUGUCCUUUUUACUGUUACUUUGUCAGAACAAUGGUUUGAUGAAGAGGUCUGUAAGGGGCGUGCAUAAGAGCACAAGCGUGCCUACCUUUCCUGUCCUAUUGUUUCGUUAUAUCCAAUUAAUAUAGUUAUUACAUACUCAUACUUAUAUAUAUGCUUAUAAAUUGUAUGGUUAUUUCAUUCUUAUGCUUAUAUAUUCUGUUGUGACAAAAUAAAAUAAAUAAAUAAAAGAUACUAGAAAGGUAUGUUCCUCACUGCUGAGUCAGGGCAUUAUCCACCUAUCCUUGAAUUGGCAGAAAAUUGAAUUGCCAUCUUAUUUUGCCUCUAUUGCCUUUGUUCAAGGUAACAGUCUUAAGAUUUUACAGUGUUGAAGCUGUAUUUCGAUGGUGUUUGAAUAAGGGAAGAAAUACAGCUAACGAUGACUUCAACCUAUCCUACUUGUCAGCUGGGACUGAUUGAAGGCUAUUUCAAGAAGGAAAAAAGAUGCCAGGACAUGGUGCCAUAAUUAGGUGCAAUUAGGAAAAGACCCAAAGUUACAAGUAAGGAUGCCUAAGGCCUUCAGGAAAAACCAGAAACAAGCUCUGACAGUUUGGAAUCUGGAAAGUGGGCAAUUUAAAUAAUCUGUUCCUGACAUGGGGAUUGGAAAAGGAUUUUUACAGGUUAUUCUGGUCAAAACAUUCUCUAAAUACCAAUCUACACCAGUGCUUGGCAACUUUUCCAGUUGGGACAAAUUUUACCUGUAAGGGCAACAGGAGUUUUAAUUGCAAGAUAGGUUUUGAUGGUUUUUUUAAAAAAUAGGAAAUACUGGUGUUGCUAUUAGUUUACUGGGCUUAACAUUGUUUUUAACUGCUCUCAGGAAGUUUAGCUUCAACAUUUCAUCAGACCAAUCUUGAGUGACUUCAGAUAUCUCAAAAAUGAAGCCAUAUGCCACGCUCAGUCGAUGGACUGCUUAUUCUAUAUACUGAAGUAUUUUGCUCCCUUAUUUCAAAGUGAUUGAUAAAUCUGAUUAGCGAAAUUGCUAAAUGAAGGGGGAGUGGGUUAGAUUACUAAGUCACAACUUUACUGUCUUGUAUAGUUUAAAUAUAAUCUUCAGCGAGCACACACUAGUCUAGAUACAAGAACAGUUUUUUCCCGAAGGCCAUCACUCUGCUAAACAAAUAAUUCCCUCAACACUGUCAGACUAUUUACUGAAUCUGCACUACUAUUAAUCGUUUCAUAGUUCCCAUCACCAAUCUCUUUCCACUUAUGACUGUGUGACUAUAACUUGUUGCUGGCAAUCCUUAUGAUUUAUAUUGAUAUAUUGACCAUCAAUUGUGUUGUAAAUGUUGUACCUUGAUGAACGUAUCUUUUCUUUUAUGUACACUGAGAGCAUAUGCACCAAGACAAAUUCCUUGUGUGUCCAAUCACACUUGGCCAAUAAAAUUCUAUUCUAUUCUAUUCUAGAUGUUGAAUUGCAAUUCCCAAAAAUGUUGACAUCAUUUUGAUUUUUGGAUCUGCAGUCAAAAGUAGCUCUAGAGGGAUCCUGUGUUUUUUGAUGGGUUCUCUGAUAGGGAGGUUCUUGGGUUCUCUAAUGUUUUCCAAGCUGCUUAGGUCCAUGCUACUUACCUAACUAUAAUUUCCUAACUUUGAUCUUACAUUCAAUAUUUAUGACUUAUUAUUGCCUUAUUCUGUCACAGCAUGUAAUCAAUAAAGCUUUGGAUUCUUUGA